AACGUUCUUGGUAUAACAUGGGUUGGAAAUGUCUACCACAAGUUUGAAGCAAUGUGCUUAGAGGUCGAAGAACUUAUCGUCCAGGACACAACUAAAUACGUUGAGAGCCAAGUUCAGACUGUUGGAAACUCUAUGAAGAAGUUCUGUUCGGAUGUGGUUCAAGAUUUUCUUCCCGAUGACUCUGCAGAUUCGGAAAAACCAUUUCCU